CGAACCCAAUGCACACCAACAUGGGAGCCGCGGCGCUACCCUCGCCCGUAGCCUCACGAGGGUCACCAGUCACUCUCUGGCCGCCGCGCCGAUAGGACGUCUCAAGGGACAGGCGGAUUUCAGUGCCAGGCUUGUGGUGGAGUAGUGCAUCGUGCUAGAAUCCAGAAACUUCCUUCGAACACGUGACGAUGGAUCUCCCAGAGGAACUUCAAGUGGCGCGGCCUGCCCUCACUGUGACUAAGAGGGACCACACUUACCAGUAUAGCCCCGGGGAGAAGCGAGGUUUGUGUGAAACGCUAUCUUACCAUGUGCGAGAAUCCUGCCGCUGUGACCGUGACCGCGCGUGGAGGGCAGUGACGGCCAAGCUGCCCAUCCUUUCCUGGCUCCCGCGGUAUAACUUCCGCACCGACUUCGUGGGGGAUGUUAUAUCAGGCACGACCGUGGCCAUCAUGCACAUCCCGCAAGGAAUGGCUUACGCGCUCCUUGCGGGGCUCCCACCUGUCGUAGGCCUGUAUAUGGCAUUCUUCCCUGUGUUGAUGUACGUGAUAAUGGGCACGUCUCCUCAUGUCUCCAUGGGAACGUCCGCUGUUGUAAGCAUGUUGAUGGGGCAGGCGGUGGGGGAUCUCUCCUCGAGCAUCGAAGGAUCUCCAGAGGGCUCUCGCAACGAAAGCCUCGUGCAGGACAGCGUCAAUGGUACAUCUGUGACCUACACUCCGAUACAGGUCGCCUCUGCGCUGUCUCUGGUUGUCGGGGCUUGGCAGAUAGUGUUCGGUCUGCUGCAUCUGGGAGAGGUCUUCGGAAGGUUCCUGUCUGACAUGCUCAUCUCAGGCUUCACGACGGGACUGGCCUUCCAAGUCCUCACGUCACAGGUCAAGUCCCUCUUCGGUAUCUCGGUGCCACGACAUAGCGGGCCAUUCAGUAUUAUCAAUACGUACGUGGAUAUCAUCAGUAAGUUGCUGUCAGCCAACAUCACUGUCAUAAUUGUGUCAUCCAUUACGAUAAUCAUUCUCGUGAUUAAUAAUGAACUCAUCAAGCCCCGGGUGAAGAAGAUAACGAAGCUGCCCAUCCCGAUCGAGCUGAUGGCGGUGGUGGCUGGGACCGUCGCUUCCUUCUUUCUCGACCUCAACAAGAACUAUAAUGUCCGUGUUGUUGGGGACAUUCCGACGGGCCUGCCCUCGCCCUCGGUCCCGCCCCUGGAGCUGCUUCCUCGCCUCGUGGUGACCGGGUUCAUCGUGGGCCUCGUGGGCUACACCACCACCUUCUCCAUGGCCAAGCUCUUCGCCAAAAAGAAGGGCUACGCAGUCGACGCCACGCAAGAACUCUACGCUCAGGGCGCGAGCAACGUCUUCGGCUGCUUCUUCUCCAACGGCCCCGUCGCUGCCUCCAUGUCCCGGUCCCUCAUCCAGGAAGGCGUGGGCGGAGUCACCCUCAUCACGCCUUUCAUCUCCUGCGUUUUCAUUCUCCUCAUUCUGCUCUUCGUCGGGCCCUUGUUCGAAACUCUGCCGAAUUGCGUUUUGUCGUCCAUCAUCGUGGUGUCUCUCAAGGGGAUGUUCCUGCAGUUCCACGAGCUAGUGGCGCUGUGGCCUGUCUCCAAGCUGGACGCCAUCAUCUGGGCCUCCACCUUCUUCACCUGCGUCGUCAUCAACAUCGACUACGGCCUGUUUGUGGGCAUCGGGGUAUCCGUGCUGGUGCUCCUCUCCCGGUCUCAGAGUCCCUCGCUGCAGCGUCUGGGUCGCGUUCCCGGGACCGAUCUAUAUCUCGAUUGUGACAAAUACGCGACGGCCCAGGAAGUCGCCGGCAUAAGGGUCGUCAGGAUCGGCGGUGCUCUUCACUUCGCCAACACCGCCCAGGUCAAGGAGGAGCUUCCUGAGGCGGCGGGAUUGGGUGAAGGUGGACCUCCAACACAGCCGGGGGUUUACAGCAUCACGGGAAAUACUUUUAAGGCGACAACGGAGACGAUGCUAAGUAACGGAUCUAUAUCGGGUGAAGAUAAUCAAGAAACCGAUUUCGAAGGAUAUUCCAAAAAAGUCGAAAAGAGAGAGAUUCUUGACAGCGACGACCAGCAAACGACCGCUGGCACAACGACCAUCUCCUUGCCGGAUACCCUGUGGCUGGUCCUGGACAUGAGCUGCGUCAGUUUCGUGGACUCGAGCGGCGGAAAACUGCUGUCGGAACUGCACAAAGAACUCGAGGUUUCCAGUGUCCACUUGUGCCUCGCUGCCCCAUCUGAAAAAGUCCUGAAUCAGCUGGAGCGCUGCGGAACCCUGGACGUCCUGCCGAAGGAGCGGCUGUUCCACUCUGUCCACGACGCGGUCACGAUCCUGUCCCGCCCGCCCGCCGCGCCCUCGCCCGCCCGAAGCCCGGAGCCGAGGGAGGCCAGCGUGACGCGGUUCUGAAGUGGGCGGGUCUAGGAGGCGCCGCUGUACUCUGUCUCUCAGGAAAUUUAGUACACAAGGGUGAAAGGAACUACAAGAAAUCCGAAAAAUAAAAUGUGUAAAGAAUUUCGUAUGUACUGUUUAUGUUUAAAUGCAUAAAUGUGAAUGCAUACAUUCAUACAUAUAUAUUUAGAUGGAAAUUGAUACCCGGAAUGACCUAGGUUCUAGACCAGGUCAAGGAGGAUUGUUAUAUAUCUAUAUGAAUGCGGCAUUGCAUUAUUCCAUCUUUCAUAUUUAUACCUCAGUACAUCUGACUUCGGUCUCGAUUUUCUAUAUCAAUUUCCACCGAGUGCUCACGGGGAGUGUGUGUAAAACCUCACAUAUUUAGAUGUAUAUGUCAUACGUAUGUAUUUCUGUGUGUAUGUAUGUAUAAAUGUAUAUAUAUACAUGUAUGUAUGUGAAAUCUACAGCAGGGCAUUUGUUUGUUAAUGGUGUUGAGAAAGAUGUUCAUAUUCGCUACCAUUCCAUUAAACUCCACUCCCUUCAGGCGGUAACACCUUGGAGGGAUGCUUCGUUACUAUUCUUUUCCCUGGGUCUAAACAGGGGCUUAUCUCGAUGAAGGUCCGGUCAGCAUCUGCCCCAUCGUGAUAAGCCCCUACUUAACACAGGUCACACAAACUGCACUGCAAUCACACAUCGCAUGCGCAUGUUGUCCUCACCAAACUGCGUCUUCCUGUAAUUGGCUGAUAGUUCAUUCUUGUCCUAGAGACAUGCGGAUGAAAAUUAUUGCUUUCAUUUGUUUUGUAUUAUUAUUUUU